AUGUACGCCGAAAACGAGCCGCUGCGGCAGUACACCCACCUGAAGUUCCCUGCCACUUCGGUUGUCUACGAGUCUUACAACUCGACUCACAUCAACGAUACCGUGCGAAUCACUCCGCUUUGCCCCCACGCGGCUGAGAGAUUCCUAUUUGUCGCCGACGUUGGAAACAAUCGAAUUACUGUUCUCUGGAAGGUCAGAGCGCAUUCCGCGAGCCUGGUAUCGCCUCCGUUCCCAAGCGACAUGGGCGGGAACGUGGGCUUUAGGUACGCAGGCCAGUUCGGGGAAACCAUGGUGCCCCACGACGACGAGCAUGGCAUGACGCUGCCGUGGGGGAUGGCCGUGCAAGCCCCCGCUUGGGAGUACCCAUCCGAACCUGUCAUAGCCAACGUCUUCGUAGUCGACAAGUUGACCAACCGACUGAUCAAGCUCGAUUUCAGGUACGACGCUAUCAACUCGGACGGCAGAUCCGUGAGUGAAUGGCCAUACCCUGCUCCUGACAGCUACCCUCGGCUGGUGUACUCGGGAGAGUAUAGCGUAGGCGCUCACGAUAACGAGUCACUUUGGGAGCCCAUGGGCGUUGCCCUUUUCCGUCACUACAUCUUCGUUGCGGAGGCCCAGGGGAAUACCAUCAAAGUUUUCACCCUGCACUAUUCAGACACGAGAGCGUUCAAGCUUGUCACGGUCCUGUACCCGGCACAAGGGAUCCAGCUGACGGGCACCAUCGCGGUGUCGCCGAUCAGAUACUACGACAAUGGCCAGUCGGCGUCCCGACUCGGUGGCUACCUGUGGUACACUUACCACAGAGACUGGACUGACUGGGAGAUGGGCAGCUUCUUCCUCGAAGAGGCUCUGCGUCUUUCGACGAAGCCAGAGGAGUAUAAAGACUUCGUCGAUCAGUGCGUGGACGCAUCGACGUACCACGCCAUGCUACAGCAGGGCGUGCCGCAUUUCCUCGCCGAAGUUGACCGCCUGUGCAAUAUAGCGCACGUGAACUGCAGAUACCCUUCGAGUCCCGACUACGUCGACCCGCAGUUGUUCAACUGGACGGUCUUCGAGCUGCAGAACGCCACCGUCUUCGACGAGGUUAGCUUCUCGACCUGCGUCUACGGUUACUGGUUCGUCGGGGCCGAAUUGGACGAGGAUAUCUACCCAAACCUGACCGUCGACGACCUGGUUACCAACCCGAACUUGACCGCCGAGCUCAAAGAGUUUACCUCGAACUACUGGGAAGAGCGCUGUUUCAACCUCGACGUCCUGAACGCCACCAUCUUCAACGGGCGCAUGGGCCUGUGCCCUACCUCGGCCGCUCCGACCCCCGCGCCGCAGGACUCUGGCGACGACUGGCCGCUGGUCGCAUCGGCCACGUCGCGCGGCAGCACGAGCAGCCCGAACGCGGCAGGCGGCGCCUGGAGGUGGCGCCUGGCCGCGUGCCUCCUGGCGGCGUCCUGGUCCGCUUCGGCCAGAGCUAGCUGCCGGUAG